GGUGUAGUAGUGGUGGUCAAAACAGAUGUUGAGUCGUCAGUAAAGUUUUGGUCUGAGGUUUCACUCGAAGAGAAGCUGGAUUCUGCCCAAUUAUCCCAUGCUGGGACAUCACCCUCAGGAAUUGAAGUCAAUGUUGAAGAACCAGCACUGUCUCGUCUUUUUACUGUUGUUUUUCCGUGAUUGUCUGAAGUGAUUGACCUUGGGGCUAGUUUUCACCACACAGCACC